AUGUCAGAAACCGAUAUUCAAUAUGAGAAUUUGCAAAUUGAAAAUAGUUUUGAAACUGAUGAUCUUGAUUUAGCAGAAAGUAUAAUAACCGAACAAACUAAUGAAUUAACAAACACCAGUGAAAAAACUGAACUUAGCUCAGGUUCACUUAAUUCACGAGAGGCUUCUUGGGUUUGGGAGCAUUUUUCCAAAGAAUAUAAUACUAAAAAUGAACUUAAAUCACUUAUUUGUACUAUAUGCUGCCUUAAGUAUAAGCCAACCAACACACCAGAAACUCUUGGCAAACAUUUAUAUAACAAACAUAGUAAUCUAGUUGGUAAUCGACAAAGCACUCUUGAAAAAUUUAUAG